UGAAGUUGAGCCACAUGCCAUCGAAUAGCGAGAGAAGCGAAAGUGUACGCAGUAAUCGACAUUCACCUUAUCUAAACAGAAGGACUCGCCACGCCUGUGAGAAUUGCCGUCGGAAGAAAUCAAGAUGUCCUGGGGAGAAGCCAGAAUGCUCAUUCUGCACCCGACUUAAACAGAAAUGUGUAUAUGUGUCAAGUGAUCGUCUGAGUGGCCGAGGUAUAGAUGGUGGUGGUGACACCCGCGAGAGGCGGAACACCACAGACCGGCUCGAAGCAUCGACAGACGCAACAUCAGAGCGGCUCAGAUCGAUUGAAUCCAAGUUAGAAUCCCUUACCGAUGUCCUUGGCUCUCGUCUUCCACAGACAGACCAAAGCCAGAGACAUGCACACACACCUCACGAGCGACACACUCCACCCGACAUUAAUCUAUCUAAAGAACUUAUCUCUGAAGGAAUUGAAUUGUACUUUGCCCACUUCUGCAACCAGCCAUGUCCGCUGUUCGAUCAUCUACGCCUGUCUCCAUCCUUCCACCACUUCUCGCCAAUCGUCCUGUAUCCCAUGUUCGCACUGAGCCUGCGUGCAUCAACACAUCCGGAGCUAUCAACCCACGCACAACGACGCUCCUUAAUCCGAGAUCUCACCUCCAAAUCAUGGACCCUCCUCGUGAACGCGUACGCCGAGUUCGAAGUAACCAACGCCUACUUCCAAGCCCUCUGUCUCCUCGCGCAAGUCGAUUUCGGCGAAGGAAACCCAGAUCGGGCGCGCGCGCAACUAGCCCUCGGCCUCCGACUCGCGCAGAGCCGCGGGAUGCUGGAUCGAAAGUACUACGACAGCGUGGGAUCCGUCGGGUCGACGUGUGCGCAGGAGAUCGUGUGGACGAUGUUCAUGCUGGAGAGGAUGUACAUCGGAGGCACAAUCCGCGCGCCGUCGAUCCCGAGCGCGAUGUUCAAUUUGCCGACGUUUGAAGGCGGUCCUUCGUUGCCAGCUACGAACGAUGUGAGUCGUGAUGCUUCGGGUUUCAGACCGCCGUAUAAGUCGCCGGGGAUCGUGGAGAUUGGGAUCAGGAUUGUUAAGAUUUGGGAGAUGGUGAUCGUGGAUAUCAACCACCCGACGACGGAUACUGAUGUUCCGUUUUGGAGACACGAUUCCAUCUGGGCGGCGAUACUAUCCAGUCUCCUGGAUUUCGAACUUGACGGCGAACAACACACCUACGCCUCAAUGGGCCCGCCCGCCUCCGCCCUCGAAAAACCACACCUAAAACCCUACUACCUCACCUGGCUCUUCUACCAACUCGUCCACUCCGCCAUCCACUGCUGCCUAUACCACCCCUUCAUCAUCCUCACCAAAACGCAAUCCCUCUCCAACCGCGUGCCCCUGACCUUCCUCCAGAAAUCCCACCACUCCUCCCUCAUCUACGCAAACUGGGUCCACCGCUUCCUCGUCGAGUCCUCCGCCGCGCACCUCCCCGUCCACCACUGCCCGUUCCUCGCCUACCUGGUCGGCAUCGUCGCGUCGAUUCACCUCGAAUCGAGCAGCUCGUCCUCGAACAGUGCGGCGGGCUCGGCGAUUAGGAAGUUUGAGAAGUGCGUUGAGUUUCUGAGGCGCGUGGCGCGGGAGUCGUGGCCGGGUGUGGCGCGGACGGUAGGGGUGCUGGAGAGGUUGAGGGAGAGGAUGGGAGGGACAGGGAGGGAAGGGAUGAGUUAUGUGGAGGUGGAGUAUGAUGGCGGGGUGCCGAUUGGGAGGGCGAGGAAGGUCGGGCUCGAGGAGGAUGAGGUGGAGUUGAUGUGGAGUUUGUUUGACUUUUCGGGGGUGGCGAGGGGGGAGGAGGCUGAGGUGAGGGGUGUGAGAGGGGAUGAGGAGAUGGGGACUGGGAUGGAGGCUGAGAGGGUGGCGGGUGAGGUGGGAGAUGUGAAUGUAGAGGUCACGGCGGAGAGCGAUGUCGAUGCGAUUGAUUCGUUUGCUGGGGUGGAUUGGUCGGACUGGUCGUUGUUUGGCAGGCCGUGGUUGGCAUACUUUCCCCCAGAUCACGACAUGGGGUUUCAGUGAUGGAGUUACAGUUGUGUUGUGUCUUCUUUGGGGAGCUAGAGGAAUGAAAUCGUGUAUUGUCGAGCUCCUUCCUAGAUUUGCUAUAUUUAAAGGGUAGCUAUGAGAAGGCUAGCGGAACAUUCAUGCUUCUUAAUGAACU